AUGCAGCGUUCGCAGCUCAGAGAAGAAUUCCGAAGCAUCUUCUCUCCAGCAUCCUCGACAAAAGACGCAGACUUCAUGUACUGCCGCUUCCUCGGCGGAAAAUGUCUCCAGCCCAAAGGCGCCUCCAUGACCGCAGCUGUAGAUCUGCUCUGUCUGCUGCAAAUGGGCGUGCGGCGCAAGGAUGAAACGCUCCUCAACGAAGCCUCUAAACUCUACGACUACACUAUGGCGAACCUCCAAAUCGACCUGGAACGGCCGGACGCGGCGAACGACGAUGGCAUGUUGGCGGCGAUUUGGAUUCUGCAUUUCGCGGAUAGCUUUACGCCGACAAGGGGGAAUGCCAAGUCGAUGAGGAUGCAUAAGCAGGCUGCUGAGCAGAUUAUGCUCUCCAGAGGGCCUUAUGCGGAGUUUUCGCCGCUGGCGAAGAUCUUGCUUUACAGUAUUCGUUUGACGGGGACGUCCUUUGGUUUGAUCAGUCGAAAGCCCGUGCCGUCAGCUGGACGACAAUGGGCGACCCGUGCUGCGUGGGCGGGCUCGAUCGAAAGCGAGCUCAUGGAGACGUUACUCCACAUUCCUCGUCUUCUCCACGAACUCGAUGGUUUACUAGAGCAGUCCAGCAAACCCAAAUUCCACGAACCCUACUCCUUACUAGGGAGCUUCACCUGCAUCGAAGAAGAACUCAACACCUGGCUAACCCACUGGAUGCUCACCCUCCCCGGCGAAGUCUUCCACUACGUCCCCGCGUCGACAUUCCCCCAUCUCGAGAACCUCACGCGGGACACUCCCGGGGCGUUCUCCUCCGUCAUCGAAUACCCCUCCUUCGCCACCGCCUCGCUGCAAAUGUCCUUCUGUACGGGCCUCAUGCAGGUCAAACAGUCGAUCCUCCAACUCCUCGAGCGGAUCAAAGACCACACCCUCCUCCGCGUCCGGAAAGACGCCCUCCUCGAAGACCUGAACCAGAUCGCCGACCUCCUCUGCCAGAGCGCUGCGUUCACCCAGCCGCAGUACGGCUACUGCGGUAUCAUGAGGGGCUUGGGACCGGUGUACUUCGCGGCGAAAUGGUUCCAUCUGCGGCGGGAGUGGGAGAAGCGCUGGGCGCAUGGCUUCACGGUGGCGGCGCAGGAGAAGCAUGGGUUUACGUCGCCGUAUGAGUUGCCCGCGGGUCCUGGGGACAGUUCCAGGGCUGUUGUCUUGGAGCUCGGAAAUGGGUGA